AUGGAUGAUCCGGUUGAUAGCCUCAAGAAUGGCUUAGAAAAUGAAUACUGCCCUCCGCUGGAUCCCGCACUUUUCGUGGCUAUAGCAAGCGAUUAUAACCUUCUCGACGACGGUAGCGUUCGGCAACUGCGCGACACUCUAGAUGCGCUGAAGGCUUCAGCUGAUGAGCAAGAAAAUGCUACAUUCGACCCUUCUGGCACAAGCGGCCGGGAUUUUGUAGCGGGGGAUCAUGACGAGUUCGCGUCAGAGGAAGAUGGAUCACAUCCAACAAAAAACUCUUUGACGUCGACUCUUACGACUAUCGAAUCUGAUUUCUCUACGUUCAGUUUGGAGGAGAACCUGGAGCCCACUCGUUCUGGUGAACCCUGGAGUGGAAACCAUACUGAUUCCCCCCUGUCCUCUACCCGUGUUUCGCAAAUUACAGGAUUGACUUUCGAGGGUAAGAGGACGUAUUUAAUGGAUAUGUUUCCGUCAAUUGACCAAUACACGAUUGUCCAUACUUUGAGAAAAUGCGGCGAGGAUAUUGACCGCUCGAUGGAUGUUUUGCUCAACCUGGCGUUUUUUGAAGACCAAAGCGCUGAUGAUCAGGAAGACAAAGUGUCAAUACCGAAGGAGUAG